GCCGGUCUAGGUGCGUCCGGAGUGUAAUUGUGCGAUUUUGUUGAUAUUGGAAUUCACGGAUUCGAGGACCUAAGCGGUUUUUGUUCAUAAUGUUCAAGUUCACCAUAUUGGCCAGUGUUUUGGCAGCGGUCGCCUACUGCUCGGACGACCUGCAGGGAGCAGAAUCCGGCUGGAGUGGUUGGAGCUCCGGUGGCGGAGGCGGCGGUUAUGGCGGAGGCUAUAGCGGAGGCUACGGAGGCGGUCACGGUGGUAGUGGAGGUGUAAUCGUUCUAUCGUCCGGAUCCGGAGGUGGCUGGCCCUCGUCUGGCGGCUGGAGCCAGGGAGGUUCGGGAUGGUCUAAGGGAGGUGGUUCGGGAUGGCCUAGCGGUGGUAGUUCCGGAUGGUCGAAAGGAGGUGGCUCGGGAUGGAACUUGGGAGGUGGAUCAAGUGGCGGCUGGCCGAAAGGUGGUGGUUCGGGAUGGAGCCAGGGUGGUGGACUGGGUGGAGGCUGGUCUAAUGGUGGAGGUUACGCCAAAUCCUACAGCAAUUACAAUUCAGUAAAUCAUGGAUCUGGACGCAGUCUCGGUGGAGGUUGGCCAUCAGCCAGUUCCAGUGGAUGGUCGUCUGGCGCUUCUGCUUGGCCAUCGAGCAAUGCCGGUUGGUCUGGAAGCUCGGGAGGCUGGAGCAAGGGAGGAAGCAGUGGCUGGCCCAGCUCUUCGGGAUGGAGCUCCGGUGGUAGCAAUGGAUGGUCAUCGGGUGCAGGCAAAGGCUGGAGCUCGGGCGGACUCGGAGGAGGUUAUGGAGGAGGCUGGUCAAGCGGUGGAGGUUCCGGAGGAUGGGGCUCCGGUGGUUCGUCUGGAUGGAAAAGCUGGUAAAUUAUAAAUUCCAUCUGUAAAGCAUAUGUGUGACCUGUGUUCAAUAACAAUACCAACAGUCAAAUCGUUACCUUUACAACCAAACUUUUGAGAAAAAAAAUGUACAA